CAUUUACAAAAUUGGUAAAGGAAAUGCAACUCCAUCGCGAUGACUUUGAAAUUAUAAAAGUAAUUGGAAGAGGUGCAUUUGGUGAGGUUGCAGUUGUUAAAAUGAAGUGUACAGAGCGCAUUUAUGCAAUGAAAAUUCUAAAUAAAUGGGAAAUGCUUAAAAGGGCAGAGACAGCUUGCUUCCGAGAAGAGAGAAAUGUCUUGGUGAAUGGAGAUUGUCAGUGGAUUACGACAUUGCACUAUGCCUUUCAAGAUGAGAACUAUUUGUAUCUAGUAAUGGACUACUAUGUUGGUGGUGACUUGCUGACGCUUCUCAGUAAGUUUGAAGACAAGCUUCCUGAAGAUAUGGCUAGAUUCUACAUUGGUGAAAUGGUGCUUGCUAUACAUUCCAUACAUGAGCUGCAUUAUGUGCACAGGGACAUAAAGCCUGAUAAUGUUCUUUUGGACAUGAAUGGCCACAUACGACUGGCAGACUUUGGGUCCUGUCUGAAGAUGAGUGAAGAUGGCACAGUACAGUCAUCAGUAGCAGUGGGUACACCUGACUACAUCUCCCCUGAGAUCCUACAAGCAAUGGAAGAUGGAAUGGGAAAAUAUGGGCCUGAAUGUGACUGGUGGUCAUUGGGUGUCUGCAUGUAUGAAAUGCUGUAUGGGGAAACACCCUUUUAUGCAGAGUCAUUAGUGGAAACCUAUGGGAAGAUUAUGAAUCAUGAAGAACGAUUUCAGUUUCCAUCCCACGUUACAGAUGUAUCUGAAGAAGCAAAAGAUCUUAUUCAGCGACUUAUCUGCAGUAGGGAGCGUAGACUAGGACAGAAUGGAAUAGAGGAUUUUAAGUCUCAUGCAUUUUUUGAAGGACUGAAUUGGGAUAACAUCCGAAACCUAGAAGCACCUUAUAUUCCAGAUGUUAGCAGCCCUUCUGACACCUCAAACUUUGAUGUAGAUGAUGAUGUAUUAAGGAAUCCA